GGUUCACGGUAGAAUUUGCCGGCAACUUAAAAAGAAAUGGAAAUUGUAUCUUUUCUUACCGGAAAUUUGAAAUUCUACUGAACAAAAAUAAAGAAUUUGUUUCACAGUUUGUGACUAGCGUCAUUCGUCAAACCCUAACCCUCGAACCCUCGCUCUCACUCCCACACGCUCGCGCAACCUCCUUCUCUUGCUCAGAGCACGCUCUCACUUGUGCGGUGCUUCAUACCAGAAAAAUACAAAUGGAUUCGUCACAAAGCACAGUUAUUGGGGGAAAUGGUGGGAGUGGUGGAAAUGGGACGUUGAUUUCACAAAAUAAUGACAUGGCAGCUUCUGCAGCAGGAGCUGAUGAUUCUAUGCAGAAGCUGAACCAGGUCAGCAACUCCAUUCAGAAAACUUUGGGCCUUAUCCAUCAGCUUUACCUUACAGUUUCUACCUUCAAUGCUGCCUUUCAAAUGCCUCUACUCCAGCGCAUAAAUGGCCUUGUUGUGGAGCUUGACAACAUGGUUAAAUUGGCAGAGAAGUGCAACAUUCAGGUCCCUAUGGAGGUUAUCAAUUUAAUUGAUGAUGGGAAGAAUCCCGAUGAAUUCACCAAAGAUGUUAUAAACAGCUGUAUUGCAAAGAAUCAAAUCACCAAAGGAAAAACUGAUGCUUUAAAGAGUUUGCGCAAGCAUCUUUUGGAGGAACUAGAGCAGAACUUCCCUGAUGAGGUUGAAACUUUUAGAGAGAGUCGUGCUGCUGCAGCUGCUGAGUUGAAACGUCAGACACAGGCACAGGCACAGGCACAAAGCGUACUGCCAAAUGGAGAUGUGAGGGUAAAAUCAGAGCAUUGAGUGAUAUAUGUAUUUAUUGUGCCUUUUUCUCGUGUAAAAAUGGAACUCAACAAUUUUCUUUUUCUGACGUUUUAUGUAUGCAUUGUAUAGUGCAGUUCAGCUCUGCUUCCUUGUUUCUGCAUCUUGGUUUAAAUGUUAUAAAUUUGCUGACUCAAUUUUUUUGCUCACUUUAUUUCAAUUGAAAGUUGUUGCUAUU